CUGCAGCCACAUUACAGUUACGUGUUGCUUUAAGUCCCCGUGGAAGGAGUUUACAUACACACACACACAUCCACCAAAUCAACAGUGCGACGAGCUGCACGUUUUGGAACCUGGGAAGUAAAGGAGCAGUUUUCUAAAGAGGCGUAGUCCAGCCGGUUGUUGUGGAUAGAAUAGCAUUGGAAAGGUUUCCAGUGUCAAACACGAGCCGAUGUCCAGCAGGAGACAGAGGAGUUUAAAUCAAAGGGACAAGAACACUAUUCUUCCGCAGUAAGUGGACUUUCCAUUUGACAGCGCGGGAACCUCGGAAAAGGACACGGGGGUCAGGGUAAUAUUUGAGGCUGUCCCGUAUCCUCUCUUUGGAUAGCCGCCGAAUCUAAUAAAGCGCACCAGGACAGAGACACAGAGAUGGAUGUGGCGGCUGAUCAGCCCCGGUGGAUGCACCACCACGCCGUGCUGAACGGACAACACCCGGACUCUCACCAUCCCGGCCUGGGCCACAACUACAUGGAGCCCACGGCUCAGCUCCUGCCUCCGGAUGAGGUGGAUGUUUUCUUUAAUCACCUGGACUCGCAAGGAAACCCGUACUACCAUAACUCGGCCAGGGCCAGAGUCUCCUACAGCCAAGCCCACGCUCGUCUGACGGGGACUCAGGUUUGCCGGCCUCAUCUCAUCCACAGCCCGGGGAUUUCAUGGUUGGACAGCGGGAAAGCGGCCCUAUCGGCCCACCAUCACAACGCCUGGGCCGUCAGCCCCUUCAGCAAGCCCAGCCUGCACCACACCGGCUCCGGGUCUCCGAGCGGCCUUUCUGCGGUCUACCCGUGCAGCAGCAAUUCAAACACGGCCCCUGCCUCUUCUCUAACGCCGCCGUCUCACUCCAGUCCCCAUCUGUACACUUUCCCCCCUACCCCACCCAAGGAUGUAUCACCAGACCCGGGGGGCGCGUCUCCGUCGUCCUCAGCCACCAGAAUGGACGAGAAGGAAUCUAUCAAAUACCAAGUGUCUCUGUCCGAGGGGAUGAAGAUGGAGGGCACAAGCCCACUGAGAAGCAGCCUGGCCUCCAUGAGCGCCCAGACCCCAUCCACGCACCAUCCCAUACCGACCUACCCCACCUACUCUCUCCCUGCGACCCAUGAGUACGGCGGCAGUCUCUUCCACCCGGGCAGCCUCUUGGGAACAUCAUCCUCAAGCUUCACCCCGAAAUGCAAAAGCAAAACACGGUCCUGCUCCGAGGGCCGAGAGUGUGUAAACUGUGGAGCCACAUCGACCCCCCUGUGGAGACGUGAUGGCACCGGACAUUACCUGUGCAAUGCCUGCGGUCUUUACCACAAGAUGAACGGGCAGAACAGACCACUCAUCAAACCCAAACGCAGGCUGUCUGCUGCCAGACGAGCGGGCACCUGUUGUGCUAACUGUCAGACGACCACCACCACGCUCUGGAGGCGCAAUGCAAAUGGAGACCCAGUGUGCAAUGCCUGUGGCCUGUACUAUAAACUGCAUAAUGUGAACAGGCCUCUCACCAUGAAAAAAGAAGGAAUACAGACACGCAACCGCAAAAUGUCCAACAAGUCCAAAAAGAGCAAGAGGAGCGGUGAGAGCUACGAGGAGUUGUCCAAGUGCAUGCACGACAAGAGCUCUCCCUUCAGUGCUGCCUCUCUGGCUGGACACAUGUCCAUGGGCCACUUGCCCCACUUUAGUCACGCUGGACACAUGCUGCCUACCCCCACCCCGAUACACCCCUCCUUCGGCCACCCACACCACUCCAACAUGGUCACGGCCAUGGGCUGAGAGAGGGAGGAGAGGCUAGCAGAGAAGCAUAUAGAGAUAGCCAUGAUGAGGAGCCUAAGGUUACAUAACCUAGAGGGGGUUGAGGGUUUCACUUCUCAAUGUGUACAAUGUUAAAGACAUGCACUUUGCAUGUCCAGCUUGAUUGUCUCACAUUAUUCAAAGGAUGCCAAUGGUAUUUCGAGAGAAAAGUAUGCAUUGUGGGAGGGAGAGGAGGACAUUUUUGCUCCUUUUCUUUAGGUACUUGCUAUGAUCGGAGAAGAUAGAGAGAUAUCCUGCUUUCUUUCCCCAGGCACACAACAUUUAAACACAAAAAAUGCCAUUGCACCCCGUAGUUUUGCUCCCACUGUCUCCUCCCCGAAAGUCCCAGUCCAACUCCCCCAUCUAGCUGCAGUGGUUUGUGCCGAACAGGUCUGUAGUAACUGUGAAUAUUGUAAAUGUGUGAGACAAAAAAGGGGUGUCUCAGACAGAGCAUCCCCGUUCACAACAUCCAAUGACAAAAUAUGCUGGAUUUUUGCUCAUGGACAAUUUUAAAGAAAUUUACAAAAAGAAAGAAACAAAAAAAGUUUAUGAUUCUUAAUUUGAGACUGUUUAUUAUAAUUAUUGUAAUUAUAAUUAUUGUUAUUAUUGUUAUUCAGAUAAUUUAUUUUCACUGCUUAUUUUCUUUUACUAUAUCACCUGAAGCAUAAUAUGGAUACUGUUAUCCCAAUUAUGAAUAUAUUUUUAGCUGAAGCGCUUUCUCUGAGCUGUUCAACAUUUAUACUCGUAAGAAAUAAAGAGAUCAAGUUCAUUAUCCCAUCUGCUCCCUCUACUCAAUAUCCUCUUUAAGUAUAAAGUCUUUAUGAUGAGAACAGAGAGAGGAUGGACAAUGGCUCUAUUAAACAUCACUUUCCUCUGUGCCAUGCUGAGGGAAAAUGCCAUGUUGACUCUUAGACGCCAUGUCAAGUUCAAUAAAAACAAUUCAAAGCUA